AUGGACAUUGAAGAAGGCAAUGGCACAGGCGCCCAAGAUAACAGUAGCAACAAUUUCAUCACCACCAACAGCGCAGAGGGUGGGGACAGUUUGAAUUUCAAGACUGCAUUCUGGCCUAAGGUUGUGUUACAUUUAGUUCCUCUUUUUACUAAGGGACCAGCAAAGAACGCCACUUGCUACAGCUCAAAGUGGGGCAGGCUUCAUACAAAGUACAAUUUAGUGAAGCCUAUCACCAACUUGUCAGGCAUUCCUUGGGAUGAUGAGCUAGGUCUUAACAUACUUGACAAAGGAGAAAUAGUCUGGAAGGAACUCAUUAUGAAAAAUCUGGUAGCAAAGAGCUUUUGGAAGAAGGGCUUGACCCAUUUUUCCACCAUGCAUGCCUUGUUGGGUGGAGUCCCAGCCAAGGGUACCAAUGUAUUUCAUGUCCCCAAAGUCCCGAAGCAUGCUAAGGCCCCCAAAGCCCCCAAAGCCCCCAAACUACCACCUUCCGUCAAUAUUCGCUCCAAUCAGCCUAACACUGGUGCCUCUGUAACAAAUACCAUUACCACCAGCCCUGAAUCAUUUGGCGGCGUAAAAAGUUGGCUUGGUGGUGUUGAGUCUCCAACAUCUAUCCGUGCUCCCACCACCUCAUCUAUAACAACCAUCAGCAGCAAGCGCUCAGCACGAGAUGCCACACUCUCAGAUGAUGACGUGGAGGAUGGCGCUACCAUCAUAUCUCGCACCAAGAGUGCAGGCAACCGCAGCAGACACUCUAACAAAGCCCCACGCAACACCGCUGCCAAUACUCUCAGUGGGUUGAACAACUGGUUGGGGGAAAUCAUCCCUAUCUUCAAGGACUUCAACUCAAAACUCGACAUUGGCCUUGCUCCACCUGCCUCCCCAGUUAUUGCUCCUUUGCAAACGGCUUUGGUGGAAAACCGCUCCACCAUGUCUACCACUGCAGCUUGUCUAUGCAGCCAGCCCAUGCUCAUUGUCGUGCCGCUAUCACCCCCAUGA